UAUAGAUAUGAAGACAACUGGGCAGAGACAUAGCUUUCUUGGAAAGUACAAGGUUGGAUUUAAAAAUGAUGGAAAGGUUCUUGCUCUUGAUCUUGAAAUAUACAAUAAUGCUGGAAAUUCACUUGAUUUGUCUAUUGCUAUACUUGAACGUGCUAUGUUUCAUUCUGAUAAUGUCUAUGAGAUCCCAAAUGUCAAGAUAAAUGGAAGGGUUUGCUUCACUAAUUUUCCUAGCAAUACUGCUUUCCGAGGAUUCGGUGGUCCUCAAGGUAUGCUUAUUACUGAAAAUUGGGUUCAAAGAAUAGCCCUGGAACUCAAGAAAAGUCCCGAAGAGAUUAGGGAAAUAAAUUUUUUGAGUGAAGGAUGGGUAUUACAUUUUGGUCAACAAAUUCAACACUUUGGAAUGAACUGA